CUUGCCAGAAGUGCACUAGUAGAGAGAGAGACGUUCAAGAAGCAACUAGAGUAAUAUUUUAGCAGCUAACUGUAUCCCGUACCGUCAUUUUUAACACUUCGAAUCUUGUGUUAGCUUGCGUUUAAAACUCCUCACUGCGAGGCACGAACACGGCGAGAUCUCCAACAGCAAGCUUCCGUAAUCAAGUUUUCACAUCAGCAGUUGUUCUUGUGAACAUCAGCGACGCUCCUUGAAGUGCCUUCUGAGUCUUGCACAGGAUGGAAGGGUCCGAAGAACCUCCAGUGACCGAGGGAGUCUUGAGUUCGACAUUCACCCCAGUGGACUACGUUAUCUUCACUAUGCUGCUGGUGAUAUCGGCAGGUAUCGGCGUGUUCAACGCCUUCAGGAGUCGUGGAAUGGUGACGACUCAGGAGUACCUGCUUGGAGGUCGUACCAUGCCUGUCCUCCCCGGGCUAUCUCAGUCCUCGGGGGAGUCGUAUCUGCUGUAUCCUUACUUGUAUAUAGAGCUGCGGUUCAAGUCCCAGGCACUGCGCAAGAUUGCUACAGUAAUCCAGAUGUUGGCGUCCUUCGUGUACAUGGGGAUCGGUUUGUACGCUCCAUCACUCGCUCUCUCCUCAGUCACCAGCCUCCCCAUCUGGGGCUCCGUCGUGUUGAUGGGACUCAUAUGUUCUUUCUACAUCACUAUAGGCGGAGUGAAGGCUGUGGUCUACGCAGACGUGGUACAGACACUUCUAAUGUUCGUUGGGGUGUUGGUAGUGACAGUGCUCUGUUGCUAUCAGCUGGGAGGACUUACCAACGUGUGGACAAUCGCCGAACAAGGAGGGCGAAUCCAAUUCUUCAAUAUGGAUCCCAGUCCCUUUGUACGUCACACCUUCUGGUCGACACAAGUGCUGGGAGCCUACAUGGCACUUAGUAUGGUUGGCUUCAACCAACCUCAGUUCCAGAGACUCGUCUCAGUCAAGACUCUCAGCCUCUCACAGUCACUUUGCACUUUGUUCACAGUAGGAUUGUUUAUAGUGUGGGGAGUCUUCUACUUAUCUGGUCUCGUCGCCUAUGCCGUCUACAGGGACUGUGAUCCCUUCACCUCGGGAAGAAUAGCAAAAGCUGACCAGAUUAUGCCUUAUCUGGUGACAGAUAAGUUGAAUCAUCUACCGGGUAUAUCAGGGCUCUUCGUGGCAGCGGUGUACGGCGGUGUUCUCAGCUCGCUGUCAUCACACGGGAACGCCAUAGCCUGUGUCAUCUGGGUAGACUUCAUGAAAAACUUGCGUUACUUCAGUAAUGUCGAUGAACGCUUCUCCACCAACAUCGUCAAGCUCCUGUCAUUUGUGACGAUGAUGGUAGCCAUGUGUAUAGGGCUGCUGGUGGGAGAGAUGGGCACCCUCUUUAACUUGACCAACAGCCUUAUAGGUGCCAUCAAGGGCCCCCUCUCUGGUAUUUUCAUAGUGGGCAUCUGCACCCCUUGGGUUAACAAAAAGGGUGCCAUCGUGGGCUCCUCUCUGGCUUUCCUGUUCAACAUUUGGCUGGUGAUCGGCAAAAUAAUAAGAGGUGGUGGGAGCCCAAAGAAUAUGCCUCUUUCUACUCUCGGCUGUCCUGAGAAUUUCAACAACACACUUGAAACCAGCCUCAACGAUGUGCUUCAAAGCGGCCUCAAUAACACUCUUGAUUUCACCUUCGCCACUACUGCUGUACCAAUGAUUGAAGGUUCGGGUGACACCAUCUACGACAUCUCUUACUGCUACAGCGGGAUCACUGGCAUCAUUAACACCAUCAUUAUCAGCACACUGGUCUCCGUCCUUACAGGCCCUGUGAAGCCAUGUGAGCUAGAAGGUGAGGUAGUGAACGGCACGUGCGCCCGUUUCUACCGGCGACUGUGGAAGCUUGUGGAGAGAUGUACCAGCUCUGAACCCCCGAGCGUGACGCCUGCAGCCAUGGAGGGUCAAAUAAAUGAUCUCUACGACCUCCAAGACAAUGACCUGAAACAGUCAAUAGAGAGCAAGUCUGAUAUGAGGCCUAAAGACACUGGGAAUGCCACGUGUGAGGAAAAAAAUAGUGGUGGCAAGCAGUAGUUGCAGUAGUGUAAAACGAGAAGUUACAGGCAGUAUAAUUAUAGAAGCAGUGUAUAAUGUUUAUGUAGUAACAAGGAGUUUAGUUAUAGCAGCAGUGUAUGUUAAUGUGAUUUACUAAUUGCAGUAGUGUAUUAUAUUACCUGGAGUUUACCUGGAGAGAGUUCCGGGGGUCAACGCCCCCGCGGCCCGGUCUGUGACCAGGCCUCCUGGUGGAUCAGAGCCUGAUCAACCAGGCUGUUGCUGCUGGCUGCACGCAAACCAACGUACGAGCCACAGCCCGGCUGGUCAGGAACCGACUUUAGGUGCUUGUCCAGUGCCAGCUUGAAGACUGCCAGGGGUCUGUUGGUAAUCCCCCUUAUGUGUGCUGGGAGGCAGUUGAACAGUCUCGGGCCAAUGACACUUAUUGUAUGGUCUCUUAACGUGCUAGUGACACCCCUGCUUUUCAUUGGGGGGAUGUUGCAUCGUCUGCCAAGUCUUUUGCUUUCGUAGUGAGUGAUUUUCGUGUGCAAGUUCGGUACUAGUCCCUCUAGGAUUUUCCAGGUGUAUAUAAUCAUGUAUCUCUCCCGCCUGCGUUCCAGGGAAUACAGGUUCAGGAACCUCAAGCGCUCCCAGUAAUUGAGGUGUUUUAUCUCCGUUAUGCGCGCCGUGUAGGUUCUCUGUACAUUUUCUAGGUGAGCAAUUUCACCUGCCUUGAAAGGUGCUGUUAGUGUGCAGCAAUAUUCCAGCCUAGAUAGAACAAGUGACCUGAAGAGUGUCAUCAUGGGCUUGGCAUCCCUCGUUUUGAAGGUUCUCAUUAUCCAUCCUGUCAUUUUUCUAGCAGAUGCGAUCGAUACAAUGUUAUGGUCCUUGAAGGUGAGAUCCUCCUACAUGAUCACUCCCAGGUCUUUGACGUUGGUGUUUCGCUCUAUUUUGUGGCCAGAAUUUGUUUUGUACUCUGAUGAAGAUUUAAUUUCCUCGUGUUUACCAUAUCUGAGUAAUUGAAAUUUCUCAUCGUUGAGCUUCAUAUUGUUUUCUGCAGCCCACUGAAAGAUUUGGUUGAUGUCCGCCUGGAGCCUUGCAGUGUCUGCAAUGGAAGACACUGUCAUGCUAAACCCAUAGGAAUCAUACAUCAUCUGGGAAAAUGGGAGGUAAUCAGAUUUUAAUCAUAGAGGAUGGGUCCAAUUCCUUGGAUCAAGAGCCGCUCAUAUUGGCAUCAAGACAUGUUGGGGAAAAACUAAAAUAGGGAGACUCCAGUUCGCCCUGUUCAAAGUGCCUUAAACACUAAAUUUUAGAUUAUCAAAGGUUUUAGUACCUAUUCUGCAUGUUUUAGCUGUAAAUUAGUGCUACAAAUUCAUAUUAUUAUAUUAAACAUGAGUACAGGUUAGGUACAGUGAUAGUAUGAAUGAUGGUAAAAGUGUUUCUUCUGUGGGUCACCCUGACUCGGUGGGAAAGACGGCUAGCUAGUUAAAAGCUACAAGAUACUGAGAAAAGCACGAAGUACUUUAAAAAGGUGGCGAUGGUGAUUGUCCUCGUAUGUGAGAUGCAGCAAUUAGGACAUUUAUUGAGAUGUUUCUUAAACUCUGUAUUUGUAGAAGACACAUACAAAGUUUAGAAGCUUUAAUAAAACUACAUUUCACGCA